UGGCGAUCUGUUGUGAUUUCACUCAACAACCGUUGCACCAGCAAUCUCACCAAAUCGUUACCAGCAGACCGUCACCUUCCUUAGAGAUCUAAGCCAGAUAUUUGAAGAUCUCAUCUACACGCCAUCGUUCUCAGCCUGACCAUUUCGCAAAGAUAUAAGAAUCAUGAACUUCGAAGAUACUUAUGAGUAUGAGGAUGCGCGAGAAGUCUACCAUCGGCCUCGCGAUAUUGCUCGUUUUGGAACCAGACCAAUAGCUUACGAUGAUCCGACCCUCAUCAACCAAGAACAGCCCAACUUUGCUGAUGCUGAAGCGUUGAGAAGGACAGAACAGAUCACAAACGAUGCAUGGCGAGAGGUAUUCGAUGCACAGCCAUACAAUAGCUUCUUCAUGGUGUCUUGGCUAUUGCAUCUAGCAGGAAGGUCAGCAGAAGAUCUGUGGCAAAACCCGCGUAUUCUCAGGAGAUAUCCGGUUCAAGAGGACGACAUGGAUCGGGACACGAUAUAUGCGCUUGUUUCCAACGGCGGGCGAUGCACGACAUUUACCAUUCAAGUUGCGCAAGAGCUUGAAGAUAGACAAGAUAGAGGAGAUCUACGGGGCCUCCAGAAAUUCGAGUGGCGAUAUCAUGAUGUAGGCCGCCAUCGUAUUGCGCGGUGCGAGAACACUGGCUUGGUAAUUCACUCGAGUUCGCCUCAAGGCUUUCUGACUGUGCCGCCUGGUCCGGCUGGAAUGACACUCGACCUCGACACCGACGAUGGGGUACCUCGUGCUGAGACUCUGAUCUAUAGUGAUGGAAUCUCGAAAUGGAAACGGCUAAGAGACGCUGAGAUCAAAUCUCUCGUGAGUAACAUGAUAUACACGUUUCGAACUUGGAGGGUAAGACUGACUGAAAUCUUUAAAGUCUGAAUCGGGAGGUGGAAUUUCGGCGAAGAUGAGUAUGGUUCAAUGUAUGACUGAACUUGCGCAGGACAGUAAUUUGUCACCGAUGUGCUUCUUCCGGUACGACGGUUUGUC